CCCUUUUCCCCUCCCACCCCCUCCCCCAUAAUCCCCUCUCUCCAGUCCCCCCAGGUGCCCGUCUUUGCCGGCUGGACGUUUCCCCUCCCCUGUCUCGUGAGCCCAUCCCCCUCGCCCUCUCCUCGACACUACGACCGGCAGUGGCGGCUCCCUCCGCCCCCACGCUUCCAGAAUGGACCCCUCCGCCCAGGUCGGCAUGCCUCCUGUUAGCUCGGCCCCUGUGGCCUCCCGGCAAAGCUCGCAAUCCUCAACCAGACGCCGAGCCACUGGGCUCCAACGCCCACAAGCGGAGAAGGCCUCGACUCGGCAGUCCCAUCUGAGGUCGCCCACAGCCAGCCCCCCUGCCCAUGGCACGGAUAUUGCCGCAGUUGCCAAUGCCCUGGUGGUUGGUGAUGCCCCAGCCGUCCCCAGCCCACCCCCCUCCCUCCUUUAUCGUCUGGUCACCUCGCCGCUGCGCUGGAUGUUCUCCCCCUCCUCCGAAGAGUCUCCCGCCUCCGAGGAGGGCCCCCAUCAGGAUGAUCCUCCUCAGGAACCCGACCAGGAUGGUCCUCCCCAAGAGCCCGACCAGGAUGAUUCCCCUCCGGAGGCCGUGAGCGAGGCCGGCCCCUGCCACGAUUCGCCACCCUCCAAGCCGGUCGACAAUGACAUCUCCUACGCGCCGUACAACCCCUUCGCUUCGGACACCGCACAGCACACUUCGGACACCCACUCGCUGGACCACACCUUCCUCCGGUCGCCCCUGCGCCCGGGGGAUGCCCAACACUUUGGGGACUUCAUCCUGCCCAGACAUCCGGCGGAUUUGAUGCCUGCCCCCCCUGGCGGCUCUAUCCCUGUUGGCGAGGAGAUCUUCUGGCCUUGGCGCAUGGGCAUGGCCGGCGGCUUCCCCUCGGCCAAUUCCCCACUGAAUGGCGAGGCCGCGCCAUCGGCCUUCCAUCUCUCGCCCAUGGAGUGGGCCCGGGCGGCGCGCCUGCGCUCCGAGAAGGUGGGCUUCCUAACCUUGGAGUCGGCUCGGCGCCUAGAGCAACAGGUCCAGGAUACCGCUGCCCAUGAGGCCGAUGCUCUUGCCCGACUUCAAGCAUCGGUCGAUCGCACGCAAGAACAGCUGGCUCAGCUGCUCGAGGGCCAGGCGUCCCUGGCAAAGUCCACGGAAAGACGCCUUGCCGCCAUGGAGGAACUCCUGCUGGCCCAGGCGACGCAUCUUCGCUCGCUGGCGGCGCCGGCAUCCGCCUGCCAUGCCAAGCAACCGGCCAAUCUCGAGCCCAAGCAUGCGCCCCUGCCCACGCCCGGGCCGAAGUUCGAGCCCGACCCCAUGUCGGAAUCCGACUCCGAUCAGUCCGACAAGGUCAAGCCCUCGAUCUCCUUCUCGAUCCUCACGGCCGACAGUGAUUCCUCAGAUGACUCUGACUCUGAGGAUGACUCCUCUUCCCCGUCGGGGGCGGAGCCUCCUCUGACACACACGGCCAAGCGCCGCCGAGCGGCGGUUGCUCCCUUGCCGAUGCCCCUGCCCCCGGCCUUCCCCCUGCCAUCGGUUCAGGUCCCGGGAUAUCCGAAUCUGCCGACCUUGCCGGAUGUGGGCCCCGUCCUGGCGGCCACCAUGGCCCCGGGCGCCGUGUCCUCAUCGGCCCCGGGCAGUCGCCACUCAAUCAUCGCCGACUAUGAGCAAGCCUCGGCCGAAUUGAUCGAGCGGACUGCCCCCGAUGAAGAGCAGGACCCCAGCAUCCCGGAGGAUUUGCUCGACGAGCUGGAGGACGAUCGGUCGGAUGAAGGGGAGAGUUUGACCGUGGCGCCGCUUUUCCGCUCGCAUGCCCAGGUUCGCCGGCUGCACAUUGUCUUCGAUUCGGACUCCGACACCGAGGCCUCACUGCCGGUGUCCUCGUUGGAUGCCACCGAGGCUGAGGUGGCCGGCUCCAGUGUCGGCGACUUCUCGUCAUACUUUUCGCGCGGCGUGCGCAUCGUCGAGCAGCGCGUCGACACGCGAAAGGCCGGCUGCGAUGAGGACUUCAUGGAUGAUGAGUAUCUCCUCAAGACCAAGGGCUUGGAUGAGUACAAUGUUUGGCGCCGGGCGCGUGCCAUUCGGCACAGUCGUCGCAUGCGCGAGGAGGCCGAGGACGAUCAGGAGGACACCGCGUCUGGUGAUGAGGCUGACAGCGAUGACAUCGACGCCGACAGCAGCGACGCCACGGAUGCCACCUCCGGGGACGAGGACAGUGACACCAUGCUGACCGAUUCCGAAGAGGCCGACGACUCCGACGGCUCCGACUCCAUGUCUGACUGCUCGAGUGCGAGUGAGGACAGUGAUUCGGAUGCCGACUCCGAUGCCGACUCCGAUGCCGACUCCUCCGAAGGAUGCGUCGAGGAGUAUGGCAACAACCAUGGUGCUGGUGAUGAUGACGAUGAUGCGGACAACCACCAGGCUGGCAAUCGCACCUCCACUCCCGGUGGCUGGUCCGCGGCAUCUGAUGCCCCAUCGCGUGGCGGCUCCUCGGCUCCCCGGCAAAACGGCCAGACCGGCGGCCAGAGAGGCCGAUCCACUCGCGACACUCGUCAACGGGGGGCCGGCUCUCCGUCCGACGCCGUGGCCGAGUUUUGCUUCGCCCACCGCGGGACGCCUGCCUUUCAGGCUCGCUACCGCGAGCUGGUCCUUGCCAAGCGCGAGCACUUUGAGCCAGCCAUGCUGAAGUACUUUGCCCAGCGCUACCAGCUCUUUUCCCGCUUCGACCAGGGAAUCCAUAUGGACCGGGAGUCUUGGUUUUCGGUGACCCCGGAGAAGAUCGCCCUCGACAUUGCCCAGCGCUGUCUCGGGUCCUUCUCGCUGGACGAGCAGUGUCUGCGCCCAGGGCUGAUCGUGCUGGACCCCUUCUGCGGUGCUGGCGGCAACUCCAUUGCCUUUGCUCGACUGGGCGCACAAGUCAUCGCCAUCGAUCUGGAUCCCUUCCGCCUGGCCAUGGCCGAGAACAACGCCCGGGUGUAUGGUGUCCAUGACCGGAUCACCUUCAUCCAGGGUGAUUUCCUCGAGCUGGCGCACAAUGGAACCCUUGAGGCGGAUAUCAUCUUCCUCAGUCCGCCAUGGGGCGGCGUGGUAUAUGCCGGGUCGUCGAACUCCCGGGGGCAUAUCAAUGCCCACCGGGACAAUUUGAUUGGCAGCGGGCAGUUUGAUUGCGUGAACAUGGUUUCCCCUCCGGCUGAUGCCAUCUUCGAGGCGUGCCACAAGAUCUCCCCUCACAUUGCCUACUUUGUCCCCCGAACCAGCUCUCCGGAUCAGCUCGCUCUCCUGGGGCAGCCAUGCUCGGUGCAAGUCAACCGCUCCUCGCCCCUCCGCUCGGGCUACCAGCCGCCCAAGGCCCUGACCGCCUAUUACCAGGGCCUGGCCUGAGUGGGCUGCCUCUCCCGGGGCGGGGAGGGGGGAAGACGACAACCGCCCCGGGCGCCGAUCGGCGCGGCCCUUGAUCAUAUGACCAUGUGCCAACCAAAAUACACCG